CAAACACACGGGAAGCACGUGCUUCUCGUUGUCGCCAGCCCACCACGUCACAACUUGGAGGGAUGGCUUCGCCGACCCAUGCAGAUAUCCUCGCCAAGCCGUAUGUACGCGGCGAGACGGACCUCUUUGAGUACCUGACGGCGCUCAUGUCGACCAAGAUCUUGAUCUUUGACGGUGGCAUGGGCACGAUGAUUCAGAAGCACAAGUUCACAGAAGAGGAGUACCGUGGUGAACGGUUCAAGGACUGGGAGCACUUGGUCAAAGGGAACAAUGACUUGUUGUCAAUUACCCAGCGUGACACGAUCAAGGCAAUCCACAAAGAAUACAUGACUGUUGGUGGUGCCCAGCUCAUUGGGACCAACACGUUCUCUGGCACGACAAUUGCUCAAGCGGAUUAUCACAUGGAAGACUUGGUGUACGAAAUUAACUUUGAAAGUGCCGCGUUGGCACGCGAAGCUUGUGAUGAACUCACGGCGCUCGACCCCUUGACUCCUCGCUUCGUAGCGGGGUCGAUUGGUCCUACGAACCGCACGUUGUCAAUAUCUCCCAACGUGGAGGAUCCUGGCUUUCGCAACAUCACAUUCGACGAGCUUGUCCAAGCGUACUACGAGCAAGUCGAGGCGUUGGUGGAUGGCGGCAGUGACAUUCUGCUCGUCGAAACCAUCUUCGACACGUUGAACGCUAAGGCCGCCGUGUUCGCCGUCAACAAGUAUCAAGAAGAUAAGGGCAAGCGAAUCCCGCUCUUUAUUUCUGGUACAAUUGUCGACAUGAGUGGCCGUACGUUGAGUGGCCAAACGACUGAAGCGUUCUAUGUGAGUCUCCGACAUUCCAAGCCGUUCUGCAUCGGUCUCAACUGCGCCUUGGGCGCGAACCAGAUGAAGCCGUUCUUGCGGCGGCUGGCUAACGUGGCCGAGUGCUUUGUGUCUGUUUACGCCAACGCUGGUUUGCCGAAUGCGAUGGGCGGGUACGACGACGACCCGUUGCUUAUGGCCAAGUAUUGUGGUGAAUUCUGUGAAGAAGGACUGCUGAAUAUGAUCGGCGGGUGCUGCGGCACGACACCGCUCCACAUCAAGGCUAUUGCAGACGAAGCCAAGAAGUCAAAGCCGCGUCCGCAAUACAUCCCGAAGGAGCCGUUCAUGUGGCUCUCUGGGUUGGAGGACUUGAUCGUGACAAAGGAACGAUUUGCGUUUCUCAACGUUGGCGAGCGAUGCAACAUCAGUGGGUCGAUUCGCUUUAAGAAGCUCAUUUUGAAGGGCGACUACGGCACUGCGAUGGAAAUCGCGCGCGCCCAGGUCGAAGAAGGCGCAAUGGUCGUCGACGUGAACGUGGACGACGGGAUGCUGGACGGCGUGUCGGCCAUGGAGCGCUUCCUCAAGAUUGCAGUGACCGAGCCCGACGUGUCCAAGGUACCGUUCAUGAUCGAUUCGUCCAAGUUUCACGUCGUCGAAGCCGGGCUCAAGUGCGUGCAAGGCAAGUGCAUUGUCAACUCGAUAUCACUCAAAGUUGGGGAAGACGAGUUCAUUCGGCACGCAAAGAUCGUCAAGAGCCACGGCGCCGCUGUUGUCGUCAUGGCGUUCGACGAGUUCGGUCAAGCGGCGACAGAGGAGGAGAAAGUUCGCAUUUGCAAGCGGUCGUACGACAUUCUGGUCGGCCCUCGCGUCGGGUUUCCCCCGGAGGACAUUGUGUUUGACCCGAACAUUUUGACAAUUGCCACCGGGAUGGAAGAGCACAACAACUACGGAGUGGACUUUAUCAACGCGUGCCGAGUCAUCAAGGAGCAAAACCCGUACUGCAAGAUCUCGGGCGGAGUGUCCAACUUGUCGUUUGGGUUCCGUGGCGUCAACGUCAUUCGUGAAGCGAUCCACAGUGUGUUCUUGUACCAUGCCGUCCAAGCAGGCAUGGACAUGGGGAUCGUGAACGCCGGGAUGCUCCAGGUGUACGACGACAUUCCAAAGGACCUGCUCCAGAUUGUUGAAGACGUCGUGCUCAAUCGCUACCCUGAAGCGUCCGAGCUGCUCUUGGAGCGUUCGUUGCUCGAGCGCGAAAAGGCCGAAGCCGCCAAGAAGGGCGGCACCGGAGCAGCCGUGGCCCAGCAGGAAUGGCGCACCAAGCCUGUAAGUGAGCGCUUGACCCAUGCGCUGGUCAAGGGCAUUUCCGACUACAUUGACGCGGACGUGGAAGAGAUGCGGUUGUUGUGCGAACGGCCGCUGCACGUCAUCGAAGGGCCGCUCAUGGACGGCAUGAACGUAGUCGGGGACUUGUUUGGGUCGGGCAAGAUGUUUUUGCCCCAAGUGAUCAAAAGUGCACGCGUGAUGAAAAAAGCCGUCGCGUAUCUGCUGCCGUUCAUGGAAGCGGAGAAGCUGGCCCAGCAAGCGAAGGACCGCGCUGACGGCAUCGUAAGCGCCGACAUGGACGAAAACAGCAUGUACGCGGGCAAGGUCCUCCUGGCGACUGUCAAGGGCGACGUCCACGAUAUUGGGAAGAACAUUGUCGGCGUCGUGUUGGGGUGCAACAAUUACAAGAUCAUUGACGCUGGAGUGAUGGUGCCAUGCGAGGAAAUCCUGCGCCUGGCCAAAGAACACAACGUCGACAUCAUCGGUCUCUCGGGGCUCAUCACGCCAUCGUUGGACGAAAUGGUGUUUGUCGCAAAGGAAAUGGCAAAGGCCGGCAUGACCCAGCCGCUCAUGAUUGGCGGUGCCACCACGUCCAAGAUGCACGCGGCUGUCAAGAUUGCGCCGCAGUACUCGACCAUCGACCAUCCCGUCAUCCACGUCUUAGAUGCGUCCCGAUCGGUUGUCGUCGUGGGCAACUUGCUCAAGGAAGACGAGAAGGCCGAUUUUGCAGAGGAAAUUCUCGAGGAGUACGAAGAGUUGCGCGAGGACUACUACGCGUCCAUCGAUGACAUCAAGAUGAUCGCGUACGACAAGAUCUGCGCCAAAUCGUUCGCGAUCGACUGGACGGCAAGCCCUCCGUAUGGCAAGACAAACCAACUCGGAAACCGUGUCGUGGAUGGCGUGGCGCUGGCGGACAUUGUCCCCUUCAUCGACUGGAAUCCGUUCUUUCAAACGUGGGAGCUACGCGGCCGGUACCCCAACCGUGGGUACCCCAAGAUCUUUGACGACGAGAAUGUCGGGGCGGAAGCGAAAAAGUUGUUUGACGACGCCCAAAAGAUGCUCGACGAGAUCAUCGCCAACAAAUCCAUGCAAGUCCGUGGUGUGUGCGGCAUCUACCGCGCCGCUCGCAAGGGCCAAGAUGUCGUCUUGUACCACCCCGAGCGCCGCGACGAAGAAAUCGCCACCUUUGCAAUGUUGCGCCAACAAGCCGAGAAAGAAACCGACGAGCCGUACAUGAGCUUGUGCGACUUUGUCGCGCCGGUUGAGACUGGGUUGGAAGACCACUUGGGGAUGUUUGCCGUCGGGUGCUUUGGCGUGGAGGAGCUCGCAGCCGAGUACGAAGCCAAACACGACGACUACUCCAAGAUCAUGGCCCAAGCCAUCGGCGAUCGCUUCGUUGAAGCCUUUGCCGAGUACAUUCAUCGUGAGAUGCGCACCAAGUUCUGGGGUUACGCCGCAGACGAGAGCCUCGUCCAAGAAGACCUGCUCAAGGUCAAGUACGACGGCAUUCGACCGGCCCCGGGGUACCCGUCCCAGCCGGACCACACGGAGAAGAAGACGAUGUGGAACCUCCUACAAGCUGAAGCGCUUGGCCUCAAGCUCAGCGAGAACUUUGUCAUGAUGCCGGCGUCGUCGGUGAGCGCGCUGUGCUUUGCCCACCCCGAGUCGCAGUACUUUGCCGUUGGGAAGGUCGGGAAAGACCAGAUCACUGCGUACGCCCAACGCAAGAAACAGAGUGUUGAGUUCACGGAGAAGUGGCUGUCCCCCAUUCUCAGUUACGACCGCGACUAAAUCGCGACGCACUCUCAAGGCAUGCCAUCCCAAGCUGAUGCCAUGCCUGAACACGCUAUCGCACCGGUCAUAUGUGCCAUUGCGUGGAGAUUGCAAGAGCGACCCUUGUCGUGGGCGCAGAGAUAGCUGCCAAAAUAACAAGAUUGUGUAUUAUUGCGUCACGUGAAGGACA